CAGCAUUUUUUUUUCUUUUAUUAUUAUUAAUUUUUAAGAAAAAAAGAUUUGAAGAGAGGGGAGAGCUCUCCGGCGAGUGGCGGCAGAUCAAAGGAGGGAGCGAAAUUGGAAAAAGAGAAAUUUCUUGAUUCAAUCAUCCCCGGGAAAUUGUGUUUAAAUUAGUGCAAUACCAUGGCAAAGAAGCAAACUUGUUGCAUUCAGGCUACUCCUGUUGAUCGGAUUUCAGAUUUGCCUGAUGGAAUCCUUCAUCACAUAUUGUCUUACCUUUCCACAAAAACUGUUGCUCGAACCACUGUCUUGUCCAAGAGAUGGCGGCAUUUAGGGGACUCUUGUCCCUUUUUUGAUUUCUUCCAGCAUGAUUUUUAUAUUCCGAUAAUGGACAAUUUUAAUUCAGAGACAUUCAUUGAUGCUGUGGAUCGCAAACUAGAAUCAUUUUACAAAUACAACUCUGGGAUUCAGAGAUUUAGACUGUCCUUUAGUCUUGUCGAACCGGAAUACCAUUCUCUUGUUGACAAAUGGAUAGGAUUGGUUGCAGAAAGACAUGUUAAAGAGCUAUACCUCAAUUUAGAUGUAAGACUAAAAAAUCCCUAUAGUUUGCCACGAGAAAUCUUUGCUGUGAAAUCAUUGACUGUUUUAGAGAUUUCUUGUGGGAACACCUUUUUUCCAAGUUCCAUUAGGCUUCCUUAUCUGGUUAUCCGGUUAUCAUCCUGCCGUAUUCACGGAGGGUUUAAGAUUUCUUGCAACCAGCUUAAGGAAUUGGAGUUAGAUAAUUGUAUGCAGUUUGGUAAGAUAGAGAUUUUUGCACCAAACCUAAGUUCAUUCUCCUAUUUCGGCCCUCUGCAUUCCAAAUGCUCAUACUUUUCACUCAAUGUCCCUAUCAAACUGAAGAAAUUUAUGCUUAGAUCUGAAAGAUCUCUUGAUACUUAUUGGUACAUCAGAUUGAAGCAGUGUCUUCUGCAAUUGCAAUGUGGAAUUGAAACUCUUGUCUUAUCAAUCAAGUUAAGAAGUAAGAUUACAUUUGAUGGGGAUGAAGCAAGUAAAAGGUGCAUUUCUCCACCAUAUGCCCUCAAAUGCUUGGCUCUAAAAGUAUUUCAUCCCAGUUUGACGUUUGAUUUGGAAUCUCUUAUUGAUGGUUUUCUGUGGUGUUUUCAUCCUGAAAUCCUAGCAGUGAUGUUUACCAUCACCAUGGUAGAACCGCUUUGUAAGGUUCUAUUCGAAACGAUGGAUAGUCGAAAAGAUCAGGGCUGCUGUAGUUCAAGCAAGAGUAAAUGUUGGCGGCAUUCUUUUAAGGUGAAGCAUGUUAUAGUGAAGAAAGAAAAAGGGGUUAAAGAACAGGUACCCUUUUCUUGGGAAGCUUUGUCAAAGGCAGUAUGCGAGAAAACAUAUGAAGUUGAGUUUUAUUUGACAUGGUGAUCACUUCAGUAUGAAAGAUGCAUGGCGGCCCAUAAAAAUUUUCAUCUGAAUUCAAUUAUUUUUGUUUCUAGAAUUCAGUAGAAUGCUUAUGAAUUGUCUGCAAUAACAUUUCUGGUGAAAG